CUCUCUGUUCUCUCGGUUGCCGUUCUGGCCGCAGACCUCAACACCAACACCUCCCUGACUCCGUUCCAUUCUUCUCCUCACGAAGUGCGGCGAGGUGCGUUGCUGCCUCGCGCAACCCCUCCAACCCCUCAAUUGCUCUACCAAAACCCUCCAACUACACUAUAUGACACAAAUGUUCAUCUUCCUUUGCUCUUCCAGCCGGCCUUCUGGGAGACCAGCGGCCUGGUCGCAGACCGUUUUGCAACGGUGCAUGGCUCAGCACAGCGCCUAGAGAAGCUUUCAGAAUUGACGGUGACAUUGUUUCUACAGGCAGGAAAUUCGUAACUAUCUCUACAGUCGUUUCUUCUAUAUAAACAGUUAUGUGCCGCUAUGGCGUUCCCAAUCCAGCAGAUUCAUUCCAUUGUCCUGCGUUUUCCUCAUGUCUCCACCCAUAUCGAGCUUCAGCAAGCUCUCCAUCACGCCAGCAAUGCAAUCAUCUCGGGGACAUGCAGGUGGCCAUUCCGGUGAGAAAGGCAAAGGGAAUGCCGUGCCCAUCGAUGAAGAGCCUUCUAGCUCGGAACACAGUUCUGACGAAGAAUCCGAUGGAUCGGAUCCGGACGAUGACAAUCUAGAGGAGGAGAUAGAUACCACGUGCCGAGUCUUCGCACUCGACCAUUGCCGACAACACGGGACGCGCUAUGCAUUCCAGAUUGCGUAUGCAGAGGUAGAAAGAUACAGCAUCCGAAUCAGCACUACCGACUCGGGAAAACCUACAUGUUCUUGCAAAGAACCAGGUACUUGCCUCCACAUAACUUGGUUCCUGGAACAGCUUUCGCGUACUCGUCCACUUGCGGCCGGAGACGAGGUGCAAGGUGUUACCCCCUACGAACAUAUCUCACAUCUCGGCUUGGACAAUGUUUGUGAAGAGCUUCAUUGGGAGCUUAGACAGGGGACCGACUCUGAUGCUGAGGAAACCCAAUGGCAGCUCAUGAAAGCAUACUCCACUGUGCAAGUCGGCCGACAAACGAGAGGUGUGAUCAAAGAGAGAUUGAAGACCGUUCGUGAUAUACUGGCGACUUUCUCUGAGAUAGAUACGGAUAGCUAUCGGCAGGAUUUAUUCAAGUCGGGAGACGAAAUCACCUUGGAGCCAGUCCUGGUCAGGAGAGAUCUGGAGGCAACUGUGGCUAAGAUCCUCGUCAUGGACGACAGCAUCUUCAACCAUUUUCAAACUCUUGUGUCUCAUAACACUCGUGCUACAGAAUACUUCAUCAAGAUGGGCGCAAAGGCGCAGACGACACUUGAGCUUCUGGACCGAUAUUGCGAGAUUGGUCCCAGCUCCGGUCAACAUGAUCUGAUAAGCUCCGCCCAGACCCUGGUCAACAUUGUCCAUGCCAUCGAUACCAACGCUAGCGAGCGGCAGCCACUCAGUCCAGCAUCUCGGGUCGAGGCAGCCAAAGCAUUGGUUUCUAUUCUUAGCAUGGUCGUCAGAGAAAGGAACCACGAUGCAUACCAGAACAGUACCUGGCCAAGGCGACGUCCACACGGGGAGCUGUCAAUCGACCGAAAUCUUUAUGAACGUCUCAUCGGGACUACAUCCCGGACAAGCCCUGCUGGCGGGAACUUUGUCAUCGACGCCUUGCAACCCUUGCCUGAAGCUCGUCAUUUCGUCGAAGAGUUAGAAGAGAUCCUUGCCAUUUUAGGUACAAUCGGCUGGGGUCCUGCGCCUCAAGCUUACCGUGAAAAAUUGGGGGCGCUAAUUUCGCAGUUGAAGGGUUCUGGCCUAAGCAUGUCUUCAGGAAAGAGACCCGCGGGCUCCUUAGACCGAAAGGUGAAGCGUAUGAAAUAAGUUUCUACGGCUGCGGAGGAUCUAAUCGCUUAUCGUGGGAUGUUUACAGUCAGCUCUGCAGGAUUUCUGGCUUUUGCUUUCAACUGUCCUUCCAUGACACCAUUUUGUUCCUUCUUAUACACAACACUCAUUUAUUUCCACUGUUUUCAGUAGAUCACACACACUGAGUCUCUUCGACAGAUGUCUCAACACACCACUGCUAGAUACUUCUCUUUCGUUGUUUUUAUUUAGAGUCACAAAUAUUGGUCCAGGUUCACAAACAUUGUUACAUUCUCAC